AAGAAACUGAAGGAAACAUUUGCUUUUAUACAAGUAUUGGACAAAAACAUGAGUAACCUUCGCACCUGGUUGGCCUGGAUUGAGUCUGAGCUUUCCAAGCCUGUUGUUUAUGAUAUCUGUGAUGACCAAGAAAUCCAGAAGAGACUGGCAGAACAACAGGAUCUGCAACGAGACAUAGAGCAACAUACUGCAGGGGUGGAAUCCGUGUUUAAUAUCUGUGAAGUCCUGCUGCACGAUUCAGAUGCGUGUGCUAAUGAGACAGAGUGUGACUCCAUCCAGCAGACUUCCAGGAGUUUGGACAGGCGUUGGAGAAACAUUUGCGCCAUGUCUAUGGAAAGACGAAUGAAAAUUGAGGAAACCUGGCGCCUGUGGCAGAGGUUUUUGGACGACUAUUCUCGCUUUGAAGAUUGGCUGAAUUCAUCUGAAAGGAUAGCAGCUAAACCUAAUACUUCAGAGGUGUUGUACACCCAUGCAAAGGAGGAGCUGAAGAAAUUUGAGGCAUUCCAACGGCACAUUCAUGAGCGACUCACUCAGUUGGAGCUGAUCAAUAAGCAGUACAGGCGCCUUGCCCGUGAGAACCGUACGGACUCAGCCAGCAAGCUGAAGCAGAUGGUACACGAAGGCAACCAGCGCUGGGAUAAUCUCCAGAAACGAGUCGCUGCCAUUUUGAGGAGACUCAAGCACUUCACCAGUCGGAGAGAUGAGUUUGAGGGGACCAGGGAAAGCAUCCUUGUUUGGCUUACAGAGAUGGACCUCCAGCUGACAAACGUGGAGCACUUCUCAAAAAGUGACUUUGAUGACAAAAUGCGCCAGUUACAUGGUUUCCAGCAAGAAAUUACACUAAACACAAAUAAGAUUGAUGAGCUAAUUGUUUUUGGCAAGCAACUGAUUCAGAAGAGUGAGCCUUUGGAUGCUACCCUGAUAGAAGGCGAAUUAGAAGAACUUCACAGAUACUGUCAGGAAGUGUUUGGACGUGUUGCCCGGUUCCAUCGAAGACUGACUUCAAGGCAUCUUGGAUCGGAUGAUGAAAAUGAUACCUCUGAAAAUGAGACAAGUACAGAAGAUUCCAGAGAAAUCCAGAAUGAUCCCUGGCAUAAGGUGGCCAACAGUGAGGGGUCGUCUUUGCAACAGUCCUUUUGCCAACUUAUGCCCCCUACUGUAGGUUAUGAAAGAUCAGGCUGUGAAACCCCUGUCAGUGUUGACUCCAUCCCACUCGAGUGGGAUCACACAGGUGAUGUGGGAGGUUCUUCCUCUCACGAACAAGAAGAAGCAACAUACGUCAGUGCUCUGUCAGAUGUAGAAAUCACUGAAAAUCCUGAGGCAUAUCUUAAAAUGACCACAAAAACUUUGAAAGCAUCUUCUGGGGAGUCUAUUUCAGCAGGUCAUCCUUGGCAUUCUCCAGAUAGCCCAGUCUGCAGGAAACACCAAUACGACCAGGCGGAGAUGGUUGGAACUGUGUUGGCUGGUCCAGAGACAAGUAUUCCCUAUAUACCAGACUAUGUGAAUCAGCUCAGCUCUGCCAGCAGCUGCAGCAUCAACAAGGAGAGUAUUAUGUCUGCUGACACGAGUGGUGAAGAACCCCAAGAUGACCAAGAGCUGGUGAAUAUAGGAGCUGUGGAGAACAAGCCAGGCAUUAUUGAUAGGUGGGAGCUCAUCCAAGUUGAAGACCAUAGAAAUAAACUUAGGAUGAAACAGAAAUUGCAGCAGUGGCAGCAGCUGAACUCAGAUGUCAGCAACAUGUCUGCUUGGCUUGAUAAAACUCUGGAAGAGCUGGAAGAGCUGAACAAAGUGAUAACUCCAAACUGCAUCCAGGCGUUGGAACAGAAGGCCAAGAAACUGAAA